ACAUAAAUUUAAGUUAUAUAAAUUACAAAAAAAUCAUUAAGGACCUUUUCCAUAGGUAUAUUUCUAAAAAGAAAGAAAGAAAGAAACUCAUCUUUUCUGUGUUCAGCAUAGUCGUCCCCCCAUCUUACCAUGAGUUAGAAGUCUUUGCAUGCCUAAUGUCCACACAGCAAAGCCAAGGAGGACCCAGCUCUUCUUCUCCUUGCAGCCACUCUUCUCUGCAGUCACCCUAAUCCCCAUCUCUACCCCCUGCUGGGUAGACAGAGGAUGACAGACGGGAGACUCUUACCUGACUGAUAGGUGGCGUCUCUCCAGCGCAGGAACCUCCGCUGGCCCGUUCUGUCUCCCCGGGGCAGUUCUCUGAUGUGGGUGGAGAUGCUUUGCCUGAUUUAAGAUUCGGGCGAAGAAAUGAAGCAUCAACUCCCGCGUCUCACUUACCGGUCCUGGCUGCUGUCCAGCUUCUCCGCGGCGUCCCUUCUUCCCCUUCGGACCCAGGCCUCAAAUGCUGCCCCGCGCUCCUCCCAACUUCACUCAGCCUCAGCGAUGGCUCUCCAGGACGUGUGCAGGUGGCAGUCUCCCGACACGCAGGGGCCAUCCCCGCGCUUGCCUGCGGCUGGCGGCUGGGCUGUGCCCCGGGGCUGCGACCCUCAAACCUUCCUGCAGACCUAUGGCCCCAGGCUGGCUCAUGGCACCACCACCCUGGCUUUUCGCUUCCGUCAGGGUGUCGUUGCCGCCGCUGACACUCGUUCCUCCUGCGGCAGCUAUGUGGCCUGUCCAGCCUCCCGAAAGGUCAUCCCCGUGCACCAGCACCUCCUGGGUACCACCUCUGGAACCUCUGCUGACUGUGUCACGUGGUAUCGGGUGCUACAGCGGGAGCUGCGGCUCCGGGAACUGAGGGAAGGUCAGCUGCCCAGUGUGGCAGGCACAGCCAGGCUCCUGUCAACCAUGCUGUCCUGCUACCGGGGCCUGGAUCUGUGUGUGGCCACGGCCCUGUGCGGCUGGGACCACUCGGGCCCCGCCCUCUUCUAUGUCUACAGCGAUGGCACUUGUCUGCAGGGGGACGUCUUCUCUGUGGGCUCUGGGUCUCCGUAUGCCUAUGGCGUGCUUGACCGUGGCUACCGCUAUGACAUGACCAUUCAGGAAGCCUACACCCUGGCCCGAAGCGCUGUGGCCCAUGCCACCCACCGUGACGCUUACUCAGGGGGCUCAGUGGACCUUUUCCACGUUCGAGAGACUGGGUGGGAGUAUGUGUCCCGCAGCGAUGCCUGUGUGCUGUAUAGGGAGCUGCGGAAAGCCCCCGACUCGGAGCAGGAGGCGGAAGCCAGUCCAGUCCACCCUGAGCCUGCCGCUCCACAAGACGCUGAAGAAGGGGGAGGACUCUUGGUGGAGCCAGAAGAGGUGACCCCAGAAGACGACAGGAUAAUAGCAAAGACUGGAAUGAUGUGAGAAAGGACAGAACUUGGGAGACCCAGACAGGGCGGGCGGGUUGGGGAAUGAGGCUGC